AUGUCCUCGCGAGAAGGCUCUUUCGAUGAUGAAGUGCCAGUCCAUGUCAAACGAGAAGGCUCACCCACAGACGGGCAGGAAGAUUACUCAAGUGGUCAUGGUGCAGCAACAGUCAAGGAUGAAAAUUUGGCUAGCCCCUCGCACCUCACUACUACUCUUACUACUGCUCGCACCCAAACGUCUCGCUCAUCGUCGACAUCGACCGACUCAUCCAGGCGGGUCCUAGCUUCGGGCAAAGACAGGUCAGGUGCCAAGAAAGCCAACGGUCACACCUCGCCUGUCAAGCCAGAGCCCGAGGAGCCAACAAAGCCGACAAAGCUAACAAAAGUAUCCCGAUCCGCAUCUUCUAAAUUGCCUGCACGAAUUGCUCCCCUCCUCGACCACCUCCCGGACGUCUACACCGAAGCUACUUCCACCUUUACCGUCAUCGAUGCUUGCACCUACCAAAAUAAAUUUCUUGGCUUCAGCGAUCAUGCCUUGGACUGCGACUGCUCGGAAGAAUGGGAUCCUGCCAGCAAGCGCAACCUGGCUUGUGGCGAUGAUUCCGACUGCAUCAAUCGAGCAUGUAAGAUGGAAUGUGCCAACGACUGUGGUUGCGGUACUUCGUGUGAAAAUCAAAGAUUCUCACGGCGCGUCUAUGCCGACGUUUCUGUGAUCAAGACUGAGAAGAAAGGUUACGGCUUGCGGGCAAACACAGACCUGCGCCCUCAUGAUUUCAUCUUCGAGUAUAUUGGUGAGACUAUUCCUGAAGCGACAUUCCGGAAACGCAUGGUUCAGUACGAUGACGAGGGCAUAAAGCAUUUUUAUUUCAUGUCUCUUAGCAAGGGUGAGUUCAUUGACGCCACAAAACGAGGCAACCUUGGCCGAUUUUGCAAUCACUCCUGCAAUCCCAAUUGCUACGUGGACAAAUGGGUUGUUGGUGACAAGCUUCGCAUGGGCAUUUUUGCAGAGCGUCAUGUUAAGGCUGGGGAAGAGCUUGUUUUCAAUUACAAUGUUGAUCGCUAUGGGGCGAAUCCACAACCAUGCUACUGUGGUGAAUCCAAUUGCACAGGCUUCAUUGGAGGCAAAACUCAAACCGAGAGAGGCACUAAGCUCUCCGCCGCCACUAUCGAAGCUCUUGGCAUUGAAGAUGCAGAUUCAUGGGAUACCGUUGUUCCCAAACGACCGCGCAAGAAGAAGACUGCUGAAGACGACGAAGACUACGUCGAUAGUAUCGAGGCCAAGUCGUUGGAUGUAGAUGGUGUUACCAAGGUCAUGGCAGCGUUGAUGCAAUGCAAAGAAAAGUGGAUUGCCGUCAAACUUUUGCAACGGAUACAACGUUGUGAUGAUGAACAGAUCUGGCAGAGGGUGGUCAGAUUUCAUGGCUAUCAGAUCCUGAAUUCGCAACUUUCUGCAUGGAGAGAAGAUGAGAAUAUCAUAGUUCAAAUCCUCGACAUCCUUGAUCGGCUGCCGCGACUGACGAGGAACAAGAUCGUGGACGCGAAGAUCGACCAAACUCUGCAGCCGCUCGUGGAGCAUGCAGAUGAGCGAGUGGCAACUCAGGCAACCGCAUUACUGGAACAGUGGUCGAAACUUGAAAUAGCGUACCGGAUACCAAGGAAAAAGCGAGACGCCUCAUCGACUGUCAUCAAGACUGAAGCAAUCUCCUUUGAAAGGCGAGAAUCUACGCAAGAGAGAAAAAGGUCGCGAUCGCGCUCACGUACACCCCCUCGGGGGCCCGCGGGAAUUUCAGCACCAUCUGGUCCACGAUCAUUGCAAAAGCCAAACAAUUUCCAUGGGCCUCGACCACCUUUUCCUCGAGGGCCGCCUCCGCUUCCCCGAGGUUGGUUUGCUGCCCAGGACAAAGGAAGAACAUAUUUCUACUCCGCAGGCGGCCAAACAACAUGGGUCAGACCAACGCAACCAGCUGAUCAACCCCUGCCGCUGCCGAAGCAACCUUCCGAACAGGAUGUUCUAAAGAGCAUCAUUGACAAUAUUGUCACAUCAAGCCAGAAGGAUGCCAAGGCAGCAACUCCAAACACGCCGGAAUUCCCAAAAGCAAAGAAGGGAGAGAAAUGGAGAUCAUAUGACGAAGAAAAACAGAAGAAGUUGUACGAAAACACUUUGUUCCCUCACAUCUCACACGUCAUGAACAAAUACAAAAACAAAAUUCCUAAGGAAGACUUGAAGCGAUUCGCCAAAGAAAUUGCGAAGAAACUAGUCGCUUCAGAUUUCAAGGCUGGGCGAGUCAAAGAUCCUACAAAGAUCGACGAGCGGCAGCAGAAGAAAGUGAAAGAAUUUUGUCGACAAUUCUUUGAUAAGGCCUAUCAGAAACACAAGAAGCAUGAACAGGAUAAGGCUGCAAGAAAGGCACAUAAGGAAGGCAGGGCGAAGGGUGAGGGCCCAAUUGAGAGCAGUACAGUUGCUUCACCAGCGGGCUCCCCUGGUCAAGCCAAUCUUCCACCUGGACACGAUACGGGAGCAGAGGAUAUCGAGAUGUCAGAUGGAGAAGAUAUCGAUGCCACAGCAGUCUAUAUCUCCGCAUCUCCAUCAUCUGCGCGAACUCCUUCUGAGAGAAAUGGCACUUUGAAACGCAAGCGCAUUGGUCCAGAUGAUACUACCGCAAUGGUCCAGGAUGAUGAAGAAGACCGUGAGCGUCCUGCGUCACCUGCCAAGCGAAUCAACACCAGUAUGGAGGUCGAUACACCGCCACCGCCGCCCCCGCCACCACCGGCACCACCUAUUGAAACUCCGCCAGCCAGUACUCCACGCGAAGGUGAAGGCGAUGGUGAUCUUGACCUGCCUGUGCUGUCGCUGCCGGACGAUCGAAUGGACAUCCAUGGAGAUACAAAUUUUAGGGGAAGGAGUAUGGCGGAUGUCCUGGCUCAAGCUCAAGAAGAGGAUGGUGAUGGUGACAUGGAUGAUUCCGACAUUGGAAUGGAAUUGGACAAUCCUUUGCUAGAUGCGCAGCCGGUUUCAUCGCGGUAA